AUGGCGGAUAACUUCUUGGACACUAACGCGACAGCAUUUGGCUUCCGAGGAAAAGCCCAAUACAAAAAGGCCGAUUUGAAGGGAGAAACCCAAAUUCAACACCAGAAAACGAUCGACGAUGCAGUGCUUGGCUGCUACGGGUACAUUGAUGGCCAAGGAAAACUGUUUGUUACUCACUACAUGGCGGACAUGGGUGGAUAUCGGAGUAUUAACCUGAACAACCCAGACAAAGUUACCCUAGAAAGGGCACGAUCCCUGAUGAAUGGCGCUGAUGGCCCCAUUUCGGAUCUCUUUCCUAUCGACUGCACCGAGGAAGGAGCUUAUGGGCGACUCAAGAAAAUGGCAGAAAAAAUAAAGGAAGAGUUCGAAAAUGGUUCCAGUCCAGGCGGUCUAGACAAGGAUUCCAAUACGCCUAAGCAAGGUGCUAAAAAUUCGCCGACGCCAGGUAAAGAUGGAGCUCCUUCCAAGAAACAGGAUCCGAAGUCUUCGGAUAAACCAACUAAAGGCGACAAAGAUGCGUCUCCAGACGACAAGCAGGAUGACGAUCAAUCAGAUGAUGCUCCAUCGGAUGCAGAGGAUGACGAGGCUGACCAGAGUCCAGACAGUCUAGAAAAGGAUUCCAAUAAGCCUAAGAAGGGAGGUAAAGGAUCACCGAAACCAGGCAAAGAUGGAUCUUCUGAUAAACCAACUAAAGACGACAAAGAUGCGUCUCGUGACGAUAAGCAGGAUGACGAUCAAUCAGAUGAUGCUCCAUCGGACGCUAAGGAUGACGAGGCUGACCAGAGUCCAGACAGUCUAGAUAAGGAUUCCAAUAAGCCUAAGAAGGGAGGUAACGGAUCGCCGAAGGCAGAUAAAGAUGAUGCUCCUUCCAAGAAACAGGAUGCGAAGUCUUCUGAUAAACCAACUAAAGGCGCCAAAGAUGCGUCUCCAGACGACAAGCAGGAUGACGACCAAUCAGAUGAUGCUCCACCGGACACAGAGGAUGACGAAGCUGACCAGAGUACAGAUGGUCUAGACAAGGAUUCCAAUAAGUCUAAGAAGGGAGGUAAAGGAUCGCCGAAGCCAUGCAAAGAUGGAGCUUCUACCAAGAAACAGGAUCCGAAGUCUUCGGAUAAACCAACUAAAGGCGGCAAAGAUGCGUCUCCUGACGACAAGCAGGAUGACGAUCAAUCAGAUGAUGCUCCAUCAGACGCUAAGGAUGACGAGGCUAACCAGAGUCCAGAAAGUCUAGACAAGGAUUCCAAUAAGCCUAAGAAAGGAGGUAAAGAAUCGCCGAAGCCAGGCAAAGAUGGAGCUCCUUCCAAGAAACAGGAUUCGAAGUCUUCGGAUAAACCAACUAAAGGCGGCAAAGAUGCGUCUCCUGACGACAAGCAGGAUGACGAUCAAUCAGAUGAUGCUCCAUCGGACGCUAAGGAUGACGAGGCUGACCAGAGUCCAGAAAGUCUAGGAGACAAGGAUUCCAAUAAGCCUAAGAAAGGAGGUAAAGAAUCGCCGAAGCCAGGCAAAGAUGGAGCUCCUUCCAAGAAACAGGAUUCGAAGUCUUCGGAUAAACCAACUAAAGGCGACAAAGGUGCGUCUCCUGACGACAAGCAGGACGACGAUCGAUCAGAUGAUGCUCCAUCGGACGCUAAGGAUGACGAGGCUGACCACAGUGCAGGCGAACUAGAGAAGGGUGUUGAUGAUAAGGAUCCGAAGAAACCAACCACACCUGAAAUUGGUUUACGUACUGAUGCUGCAGAUCAUUUGCCAGCUCCUAAUCAAAAAGCCAACCAAGGUGCCGUGCCGUCUGGAACACAGAAAGGCCCGUUCGUAGAUCCUCCAUCAUCUUUCCCCAAUGAAGCGCCACCGUUGAGGAACGACAAGAGUCAACCUUCCGUCAGCAGCGAUUCCUAUGAUGAAGUGGACGAUGACGAAGAUAACGAUUCCGUAGACGUAGCUGCUGCAGAGAACGAUGAAGGCAAACCUAAGGCGGAUCAGUCCGAUACCGACAACUGCGUUGAGGCCAUUCUGAAGAUACCUUCCUCGGCCCGGCACGUCAUCAUCCGUACGGAGAACCCAGAGUUCAGAACUCAGUACGGCGACAAGUCCAACGAUAUGGUUAGAAAGAUUGCGCCGGGAGUGUACGAUGUGCUGUUGGCACAGUUCAGGAAAGUAAUUUUCGAAAGAUACCCCGUCAAGGACGCAGCCAACGCACCUACCAACCUGGGCAAGGCGUUCAACUAUGAUGCACUGAAGCCGGCCGAUAAUGACUAUCUGCCGAUGGAGGGUGCAGAAGCGAAGGAAGGCAAAUCGAACCAGUCGGAAGCUCCCCAACGCCGUAUUCCUAAAAGAUUUUUGGAGAUUGGUCGCCGAUCGUAA